AGGAGCACAUGACCGCGAGCAGCUGAGAGUAACUUUAACCAGGAAGAGGACAACAGCAAAGAUCAUGACAUCCAAAUCAUCCUUUCUGAAAGUCAUUCUUCUGGGUGACGGUGGCAUUGGCAAGAGCUCCCUCAUGAACUGCUACGUCACCAACAAGUUUGACUCCCACCUUUUCCACACCAUUGGUGUAGAGUUCCUCAAUAAAGACCUGGGGGUCGACGGCCGUACUGUCACCUUGCAAAUCUGGGAUACGGCCGGCCAGGAGAGAUUCCGGAGUCUGCGAACACCCUUUUACCGCGGUUCUGACUGCUGCCUGCUGACCUUCAGCGUGGACGACAGUCAAAGCUUCCACAACCUCGUCAACUGGAAAAAAGAGUUCAUCUACUAUGCCGGCAUCAAGGAACCUGACACGUUUCCUUUUGUGGUUCUGGGCAACAAAGUCGAUGUGCCGGAGAGGCAAGUGACGAGUGAAGAAGCUCAGGAAUGGUGCAGGGAGAACGGCGACUUCCCGUAUUUCGAGACCAGUGCAAAAGAUGCCAGUAAUGUUGCGGUAGCAUUCGAGGAAGCUGUGAGGAGAGUUCUAGCCACGGGGGAGCGGCACGAGCAUUUGAUUCUGACAGACACGGUCAAUAUGCAUCGGAAGCCACGUAGCGGCACCCCCUGCUGUUAACGGACAUGAAUUAUAUGCCUCAAUGAUCUAUUUACAUUAGCUAUUUAAUGCUCGCUGAAUGAACUGGAAGAUGCACUUACUUGGAUAUGCACUAACCAACACUGGGUUGGUUUCUUUGGGUGACACUCAUGUGUAUAUUUACAGUUUAUAUAUAAAUUAUGGGAUUUGAAUGGGUUACGGUGUAAAUUUACAGUACUGUGCAAAAGUCUUAUAAGAUGUUUGACAAAAGCAUUUGUCUUAAGUUUGUUAUUUACAUCUUCAGCUUUAGUGUGUCAAUAGGAAAUAUACAUGUUAGACUCCCAAACAUGACUUUUGCAAAUAGAAAAGAUUAGAAUAGAAGAACAGGGAGCCCUGCAACAGAUGUCAUGACCCCCACAGUGACCCCCACUGAACAUCGGGUCAGUCUGAGAUUAUAUAAAGAGACAGAAGCGAUUGAGACAGCACAAAUAGAAGAACUGCGCAGAAUUCUCCAAGACGCUUGGAACAUCCGAUCUGCCGACAACCAAGAGAAACUGUGUGCAGGUGUAACUUGGAGAAUUGGGGCUGUUUUAAAGGCAAAGGUGGUCACACCAAAUAUUGAUUUAGCUUUUUUUAUGUUUACUGGACUUUGUAUGACAUUAAAUGAUAAAUGAAAACUAUUUAUGUUGUUAUUUUUGAAGACAUUCUCACUAUGCAACAUUUUACACAAGUGCCUAAACCUUUUGCACAGAACUGUAUAUCAUUCUUUCUCCAGCUUGAUAGCUUAAUAAAGAGCA